UCGGCAAAACCCGAAAUGUGUUCCCUUGGAGAUGUCAGUAAAUAAGUGAGCAGUUGUGGACCACACAACUAGAAGAAAUGGGAGGGAGGCAUGAUCGGGGGAGUGACCCCAGCUGCAGUGGACGGGCCUCCCGUGUGAGUGUGAAGAAUCCAUGAGAACCAGUUCACACUGUGGAGGGAAAAGUCCAGGGAGCUGGAAUAAGAUGGGACCAAGGGCGUGAAAGAGAUCAAGAUUAGUCACCAGGAGUUAAACUUUGGGAUGUGCCCAGGAUGAUGGACAACAAGGACGUAGAAGCUGAAAUCCACCCCUUGAAGAAUGAAGACAGAAAAUCACAGGAAAGUUUUGGGAACAGGUUGAAAAAUGAAGAUAACUUAAAAAGCAUGCCUGCCCAAUCCCGGCUCUCCCGAUGCCGAACAGUGGCAUUUUUUCUUUCAUUGUUUAUCUGCCUUUUUGUGGUGUUUGUGGUCUCCUUCAUCAUCCCAUGUCCAGACCGACCAGUGUCACAGAGGAUGUGGAAGAUCGAUUACAACGCAGCAGUCACCUAUGACUUUCUGGCCAUGGAAGACAUAAACAGGGACAAGAUCCAAGAUGUUGUCUUUCUUUAUAAAAAUACCAACAGCAGUAACAAUUCCAACCUAUCCUGCGCUGAUGAAGGCUUCUCCUCUCCCUGUGCCUUUGUGGCUGCUGUGUCAGGGGCCAAUGGCAGCGUGCUCUGGGAGAGGCCAGUGGUCCAAGACGUGGCAUUUGUGGAAUGCACCACACCCCAGCCUUCGGACCAUAAGGUGUCCUCUGCCUGCAUCCUUGUGGGAAGACCCGGCUCCUUCCUUGCCGUGGACCUGUUCACAGGGGAAACUCUGUGGAGCCACCCCAGCAGCUUUGGUGGGAACACAUCUAUCCUGACCCCUCUGCUGCAAGUACCUGACAUCGACAGUGAUGGUGCCCCAGACCUGCUGAUCCUCACCCAAGAGGGAAAGGAGGUCAGUGUGUACAUCUAUUCAGGCAGCACUGGGGACCAGAUUGGCCACAGAAGCAGCCUCGGUGUGGAUGGAGUCAGCGGCCCUCUCCUCCACGUCACCAGGACGGGUGCACACUACAUCCUCCUGCCCUGUGCAAGUUCCCUCUGCGGCUGCUCUUUGAAGGGUCUGUAUAAGAAGGUGACUGGGAGAGAUGGCCCGUUUAAGAGUGACCCCCACUGGGAGAACAUGCUCAAUGCCUCCACCCACAGGCUCCUGCCCAGCUCUGGAGCAGUCCGCUACCUGAUGAAUGUCCCAGGGAAGGCCGGCCAGGAUGUGCUCCUCGUUAGUUCACAGGACUGUGUGCUACUGGAUGGGCAAGAGCUGACUCCCAGGUGGACCCUUGGUGCAGCCCAGGUCCUGAGAAAACCUAUCCUUGGCCACUAUAAACCAGACACCCCAGCUGUGGUCAUUGAAAACGGAACUGGCAUCAAUAGACAGAUCCUGCUUCUGGACCUCAGCAGUGGGGCCAUCUUGUGGAGCCAGACCCUCCCGAGCUUCCCCGGGGCCCCGCCACCCAACAGCCUGCCAACUGCAGACCACCGCUCAGCCUUCUUCUUCUGGGGCCUCCACGAACUGAUUGGCACCAACGAGACGGAUCCCAGGGAUGCCCGGCACAGUCUAUACAUGUUCCACCCUACCCUGCCCAGCGUCCUGCUGGAGCUGGCCAAUGUCUCUGCCAACAUCAUCGCCUUUGAUGUGGUCCUAUUUGAGCCAAGCCGCCAUGCUGCCUACAUCCUCCUGACAGGCCCAGCAAGCUUGGACGUGCCUGGCCUGGUCUCCAUGAUCAAGCAAAAGGUGCGGGACCUUGUCCCAGACAGCAGAGUGGUCCACCUGGGUGAAGGCAGGCCAGACAGUGACCAGGCCAUCAGAGGCAGGUUCUCCUGGCUGCGGUAUCGGAGCGAGGUGUAGGCGGCGGCGGUGGGGACCCAUGGAACGAUGCCAACUGUAGAAAUCAAACAUUCUGGGAUAUCCACUCAUCUCUCUGCCUCCACGCUGACCCUAGUGACAGUCUCCCCUGGGGAGGCAUGGCUUUAUGUGUCAUCUCCAGGGAUAUGUGGGGAAACCCUGGACCUCCUGGCCAGGACACCACAGCCAUCACAUGGUCUUAUCCUGUGUUCCAUGGGGCUUUGUCUGGGCCAUGCUGUCUCCCUGUGGUCUUGCUAGGUGGAGCUCAGCCCUGUGGAGCCCCUGCCACACCAGCUUCCCCCUGCCACACCAGCUUCCCCCUGCCAGAGAAGCCACUGCUAUGGUCACGGGUGUCCCUUCCUCUUCUUCCUACCUGGUUCUGUCCUCUGCACCAUCCUCCAGGAAUCAUGAAUUCAGAGUGUGGUGGGCCCUGGUGGUACCUGAGGCUUCACAGCCUCAAGACCUUCCCAGAGCAGAGGGAACAUCUCCCAUGCAGGUUGAGGAACAGGGAUUGGGAAUGGGGUCUCCCUGACCAGUGGGCAGGGCCGACUGUAGAGUUCAGAGGUGCUCUCAGUACACACUGGAGCUGCUGACCCCAAGGAGGGCCCUGUGGCCCUGGCAUGGUGAACACCCACCCCUACCCUAGUGCUGCUUACCUGAUGCAGGAGGACUCACCUCUGUGCCUUCUGGCUCCUGAGUCCCAGGGGCAGUUGUGCUGCAUGUGCAGCAGCCCUGCCCACACCAGAGCCCAAGCUUUGUGGCAAUGCAGCCUGACUCUGUCACCACAGAAAACACCAGAAUAAACAUUUUUGCACUGUGUGGAAAAGCCCCAGUGGUUAAGUGUGA